AUGGUGGAGGACGCGAGGCGGGUCGCAGAGAAGGUCGGCAUCGAGUACCGGAACGUCGAGGCGACCUGCCGGAGGGCGGAGGAAGCGCUCUUCGGCAAGAGCAGCACCGAGGAUCACGACCUUGCCUCCGAGGAGAGCCCCUCCACCUCGGCCUCGCGGCGGAGCCCCUGCGGCGACGCCGGGAGCGCGGAGGACAGGGCCGACAGCUGCCCUCCCGGACAGAGCCCGUCCACCAGCCCAGCGAUGGCCUCCGCGGGCGCGCGCUCCGCCGAGCCGCGCAGGUCCGUGAAGUUCGAGGAGCUGCUGGUGGCGGAGGACUCCGCCCCGUCGCCGCCCGCGGCCCCCACCCCGACGCCGUCCAACGGCACCACCCCGUCGCCGCCCGCGGCCACGGCGGCCACGGCGGCGGCCGUUAGCCAGGCGGGGCAGUGGCCCGCGCUGCCAGCGGCGCAGAAGGCCUGCGCGCCCGAGGCGCCUGGGCCUUGGCCCGCGCUGCCCGGGGCGCAGAAGGUAGACCCGGAGGCGGACGAGGACGGGAUAGAGCACAAGCCCUCGAUCAAGAACACAUUUGUGCAUCUCCGGGAAGACGAUGCCAAGGAGGCCGACGCCGGGGCCCAGACGUGCCCCAUCCUGCAUGGCGCGAGCUGGGGCGGCAAGAGGGGGUCGCGCUCGAGGGCCGCGGACGCCGAGCAGGCCGCCCGGGGGACCCGAGGCAGCGCCAGCAAGUGCCCCGAGGACAGCACGAAGAUCCUCGAGGACUUGCGCACGCCGGACAUGUUCGACGCGACGCCCAACAAGUUCGCUUGGCCCUACACCCACCAGGGCGGCGGCGUCUUCGAGAGGACCCUCCGGGAGCAGGCGGCGGAGACGGCGAGCCGCCGCAGCUCGCUGGCCAGCCGCAGGUCGGAGAGCCAGCGGGGCUCCUUGCUGCAGGUGGAGGAGGGCGCGUCCACGGAGGGCAGCUCGCCAGACUGGUUUCAGCCCACGCCCACGCCGUUCGUCACAGAUUUCCAGCUGCUGUGCGCAUGA